GUGACAGCGGCUGGCACCGGAAACGAAACCAAACUCGCCCCGCGGGCCGCCUCCGGGGCCCCGCCGGGCCCUCGGCGCCGCGCCACCGGAACCAGCCCGCUCCCGCCAUUUCCCGCCGCUCCCGCCGGCCCGCAGCGCCGCGCUGGGCGGAGAAGGCCGGCUGCAUGGCGCGCCGCGAGGACUGCGGGGACGGCGCCCGCGCCCGGCAGCACGUGUUCCUGCUUCCAGAAUAUUUAAAAGAUGCUUCCAAGAAGAUGAAAAGUGGGCUUAUGUUUGUAAAAUUGGUUAACCCAUGUUCAGGGGAAGGAGCCCUUUACUUGUUCAAUAUGUGUCUACAACAGCUGUUUGAAAUAAAAGUUUUCAAGGAAAAACACCAUUCUUGGUUUAUAAAUCAAUCAGUUCAAUCAGGAGGUCUUCUCCAUUUUGUUACACCCAUGGACCCUCUAUUUCUGCUCCUCCACUACCUUAUAAAAGCUGAUAAAGAGGGAAAGUUCCAGCCUCUAGAUCAAGUUGUGGUGGAUGAUAUGUUUCCGAAUUGCAUCUUGUUGCUGAAACUUCCUGAACUUGAGAAGUUACUUCAACAUGUGACAGAGGGAAAAGAAAUAGGCAAAAAGAAAUAUUACAAGUACAGCAAAGAGAAGACAUUAAAGUGGCUGGAAAAAAAGGUUAAUCAGACCGUGGCAGCAUUAAAAACCAGUAACAUAAAUGUCGGUGCCCGUGUACAGUCAACUGCAUUUUUCUCCGGUCACCAUAUUUCCAGUGACAAGGAAGAGGACUAUAUUCGUUAUGCCCAUGGCCUGAUAUCUGAUUACAUCACUAAAGAAUUAAGUGAUGACUUAUCUAAAUAUUUAAAGCUUCCAGAAGAUUCCGCUUCAUUGCCAAAACCUCCAUCAAAGAAGGUAAAGUUAUCAGAUGAGCCUGUAGAAGCAAAAGAAGAUUACACUAAGUUUAAUACCAAAGAUAUGAAGACAGAAAAGAAAAAUAGCAAAAUGACUGCAGCUCAAAAGGCGUUGGCUAAAGUUGACAAGACUGGAAUGAAAAGUAUUGAUUCCUUUUUUGGUGCAAAAAAUAAAAAAAAAGUUGGAAAGAUUUGAAACUUUGAAAAUGAAAAAUGAAAUCCAGCAGAAAUGUUUUAUCUUUUACAGUUCCACUUUUGUCCUUCCUCCAUGUCACUGUACUUCCUGACCCUUAAUCACCAUCCUUUGAAAUAAAAUAAAAGAGCAGUUUUUAGAUUCACUUGAA